UCAAAAUCCACAGAAUUCAAAGGACGACUUGAUUGAUAUUCCUCAGCUCCAAAUCCCAGAAAUUCGAUCCCUGCCUGAUCUGGUUCCUUUUACUGGAUUUGAUUCGGCUCCAUCUCUGCUCAAUUGGGUGCUUUGAUUGUGUCUCAGACUCAUUGGGGACCUUUUGGCAUGAGUAGUUAUCAGUUAAUCAUUUAAUCAAGAAUACUAUUCAUUCAAGUUCUGCAUUGCUGUCCAAUUGCUUCGUUAGUUUCAUAUUUUGGAGCUUUUGUAAGAGUGCAUUGUGGUUUAAAGAUUCAGUAUUGUCAGUUGCUAACACAACUAGAGAUUCAGAAGCCUCAGUAGGGAAUUUAUUUAGAGCUUUCUUUUCGGUAAGUGUAUUUCUGUACAUGUGUUUAUAAAGCUUUUCUUGUUUGCAGCCUUAACUGUGACAUAUGUCUGGGUAAAUGUACAUCUGUCAUGUUAGCAUUCAAAUGUGGUUAGAGUAAUUAGAUUUCCACAUAGUUAGGGAUUAUGCAGUAGGAACUUGAUAACCGGUCUUAGCAGCCUGUUCUCUUUUACUAGAUUUUGCAUAGUUUUUAUGGGAACUGUUGAUGUGAUUGAAAUUUUUUUUUAUAUGUUGUUAGCUGUCUAGAGUUUAGUUGCCGUUUCAUUUCCUACAAUGGAUCAGAAUUUUAGAUAGUGAUUUAAAGAUGUUCUAUGAAAACGGAGAGGGACAAACGGAUGAUAUGAUUGAGUCAUUGACUAUUUUGCAAUAUAGAACACUUAUGCACUAUAUUUAUGUGUUUGGUGGUGCCAAGGAUGUAUACAUUCAGAAUACCUGCUUCUAUUGUUUUAUGUUAUAUGAAAAAUAAGUUGUUUUCUGCAAUGUCCCUCCCUAUUGAUUGGUACUUGUGUCCUUGUCCUAAUAAGUUCCACAGUAAAUUAAACAGUUUAUGCAAGAUGGCUGGUGUGAAACGAAGAAUAGAUACUGGUUCAGAAAUUCGUGCUCUUUACAAAGAACUGGAUGCUGUUUCAUGCCCCAUCUGCAUGGACCAUCCACAUAAUGCAGUUCUCCUCCUUUGCAGCUCUCAUGACAAGGGUUGCAGAUCUUACAUUUGUGAUACUAGUUACAGGCACUCGAAUUGCCUGGACCGUUUUAAAAAGUUGAGGGAAAAUAAUACAAACAGUCAAAGUUUAGUCAGUUCUUUACCUACAAACCAUCAUGGCUCUCAUAAUACUCCUGAUAUGGCAUUCGGAACAGAUUUGAAUGAAGCUAAUGGAAGUCCUAACUUGAUUGAAGGCAAUGCUGUAACAUCUGCUAAUAUACCUGGACAGCCACAAGAGCGUGUUAUUCAGGAUCUAAAUAUGCCACUUCUACCGGAAGAACUUAUGGGAGUGGCUGAUUCUGAGUCAUUUCAGGAAAGGGUUGAGCAUGGUGAAUUAGAUGUGGAAAAUUCAUCAGAGUCAAAUUUGAGCUUGAAAUGUCCUUUGUGCCGAGGAGCCAUCCUCGGCUGGGAGGUUGUGGAAGAUUGCAGAAAGUAUCUUAAUCUGAAGAAGCGAAGUUGUUCUCGUGAAGCAUGCUCUUUUUCUGGUAACUACCAGGAGUUGCGUCGGCAUGCUAGGAGAGUUCAUCCUGCCACUCGGCCCUCAGACAUUGACCCAUCUAGAGAGCGAGCAUGGAGACACCUUGAGCACCAGAGAGAAUUUGGUGAUGUUGUUAGUGCUAUUCAUUCAGCCAUACCAGGAGCUGUUGUGGUAGGGGAUUAUGUGAUUGAAAAUGGAGAUAGGCUAGGGGGUGGAGGUGAAAGUGGUACUGGUGAAGCUAAUGGUCCUUGGUGGACUACCAUGUUUUUGUUUCAAAUGAUUGGGUCAGCUGAUCGUGGUGGGGAACCAAGGGCAAGGGCAAGGGCUUGGCCUAGACAUCGGCGAUCGGCGGGAGCUUUAUCUGAACGGCGUUUACUUUGGGGUGAGAAUUUAUUGGGUCUUCAAGAUGAUGACGAAGAUGAUGAGGAUGACGGUGAGGAGGACAUUCUCAUGCUGAAUGACAGAGAUGUAUCUCCAAUUCCUAGAAGGCGCCGGCGUUUGACACGUUCUAGGUCAGUCGAAGACCGUCCCUGAGAGAUGCCAUGUAAUCUGGUAAAAUUUCUGUUUCUUGACAGGAACUUGAUAUCUACUGGAAUUAUGUAUCACACAGGUUUUGGCUGACCUAAUGAGUGUCUUCACAUGUCCCAGUAACUGCUGAAGUUGCCUUUCAGACAGGAGGUGCUCUAGGAUCAUGGUUUGAAAACCCCAUCAGCUCGUGGAACUUUUGGACGUGUUCAUAUAAUCACAAAUGAUUGUAUGGACUAUUAUGUAUGGUGCUCUAUCAGGUUCAGGCUAUUUUCAUUCUGUGGAGGAUUCAGUUCAUGUUCUCUACACAGGUCAAUUCUUCUCUCUGAAGUAGUUGAACCCCAAGUCGAGCUUAUGAUUGUUUCAGUUCCACAUGGAGAUUGAUGCCUUGUGCUGUUUAUGCUGGACAUGUAGGUCAUUGUUAAUUAUUUCAUCUUAUGUUUGUAAUAUAGUAUUAGGAAUUUGAUCUGUUUCAGUUCCAGAAUGUAUAGAUCAAUGAAUUUAGCAAUAAUUUUACAUUGAAGUUUGUGUAAAAAAGUUUCCUUAGUGGUAUUGCCUGUGUUCCG